GGCUGGUCAACUGGCUGGUCGGCGGGCUGGGUGCACCCUUUCCAACCUUCAAGCGGCUGACCUGACAGCCCGGUCGACUCUCUGGUCAGUUCCACUCGAUGUCACCGUGACUCAGAAACUGGCCCGGUCCAUCGAGUCCCAGGCAGUUGUUGAGUAUGAUCGGCCGAAGACCGGUCGAAGGCCAAGCCCUGCUCCACUGCCUCUGCCACUUUUGCCGAUUCGAUCGAGACGGCGCCAUGUCUGAGCACGAUCCGCAUUGUUGGGGACGCAUCAGCAUGGCCUCUCACCAAUCUCGAUGGCAUCGGAACUCAAGUGAAGUCUCCAACGCCGGAACAACGAUAUCCUCGCACCCACGAUAAAGCCUGCCCCUGAACCGAUCCAGAAUCUCCAUUGCCGCCGUGAGCGCUCACCUAACCAACAUGCGCAACAUCCCUAAAACCAUCCAUCUUCGAAUACCGUCUCCAAUUCACCCAUGUCCCUGCACCAGUCUACCCCUGGUCACAAAUGCACAAAACAAGCUGGCGGGAACGGCAGCUUGACCUACGAGGAGACCAUCGAGGAAUACAGCAUCGAAAAAUCACUCCAAGUCAACUUCGUGAGGGCAGUCGACCUGAUCCGCACAUCAACCGCUCCCACCAUGCUCGAUACUAUAGAUCUUCAAACUGUAUACAAUACCAUUGUGAACAGUGAGCUGAUCCCAGGACUCACUCCGCCAAGUGCCUCGCCUAUUACAUCUCAGAUACCGCUGCCCUCGAAUGGAUCUGCUGUCAAUCUGAGCAUCGUCACAACCACCUCUUGUCUGUCCUCUGCUGUCGACCGAGGAAGCCACGGCACAAACCUCCACUCACUGUCGUUCCAAGACGAGACUCCACGCGAUCAUGAUCGCCGAUGGUUUAUGAUCAGGCUCUCACGAUCGUUUUUCGGCUCGCUCUUGGUGAGGGCAACCGAGAAGUUGGCUGGGAUGGCGAAGCAUUGCAAAGGUACAGUGUGGUGCUGUAAACUUUGCAACCUUGGGCGAAGAACUACAGCUCAUAGGAAGAAAUGGGACACCGAAGUCUUGAAUCAUUGUUGUUGUUGUUUUUGAGUGAUUUGUCAAAGGGAAACUAUUGAAUCGUCACCGCCGUUGUUGCCGCCAGCCAUCGGUGGCGACUUCGGCUUGGGAAGCACGGUAUUGAAUACAAGAUUGAUCUUCGUGAGCGACGAUCGACUUGCACAAUGUGCCAUCGAUGGGAGGUGCCCUUGGACCCACUGAUGAUGAAAGCCCCCCUGCG